AUGCGUAACUACUUGAAGGAGAGAGGAGAUCAGACAGUACUCAUAUUGCAUGCAAAAGUGGCGCAGAAAUCAUAUGGCAAUGAAAAAAGAUUCUUCUGUCCUCCACCAUGUGUGUACCUGAUGGGUUGUGGCUGGAAAAAGAAGGAGCUGAUGGAGAGAGAGGGCUUCGAGCAGGAGUCUCAGCCUUGUGCCUUUAUCGGCAUUGGAAACAGUGAACAAGAAAUGCAGCAGCUCAACUUGGAGGGCAAGAAUUUUUGCACGGCGAAAACAUUAUACAUUUCCGACUCAGACAAACGGAAGCACUUCAUGCUGUCAGUGAAAAUGUUUCUGGGAAUAGCGCAGAUAUCGGGCGUCUUCCUCAGCAAACGAAUCAAGGUCAUCUCUAAACCUUCCAAAAAGAAACAGUCGCUGAAGAAUGCAGACCUGUGCAUAGCUUCUGGGACAAAGGUGGCUCUUUUUAACCGCUUGCGGUCCCAGACUGUCAGUACGCGGUACCUUCAUGUGGAAGGGGGAAACUUCCAUGCUAGUUCACAACAGUGGGGAGCCUUCUAUAUUCAUCUCUUGGAUGAUGAUGAGUCAGAGGGUGAAGAGUUUACAGUCAGAGAUGGUUACAUCCAUUACGGUCAGACGGUGAAGCUGGUGUGCUCCGUGACUGGCAUGGCUCUGCCCCGACUGAUCAUUCGUAAAGUAGACAAGCAGACAGCGCUAAUGGACGCCGAUGAUCCUGUGUCCCAACUACAUAAAUGUGCCUUCUACCUUAAAGAUACAGAGAGGAUGUACCUCUGCCUGUCACAAGAGAGGAUAAUUCAGUUCCAGGCUACACCCUGUCCCAAAGAAACGAACAAAGAAAUGAUCAAUGAUGGGGCGUCAUGGACAAUCAUCAGCACAGACAAAGCAGAGUACACUUUCUAUGAGGGGAUGGGCCCUGUACCCUCGCCUGUCACACCCGUGCCUGUUGUUGAGAGUUUACAGCUGAAUGGAGGAGGAGAUGUUGCCAUGCUGGAACUUACAGGACAGAACUUCACGCCUAACCUAAGAGUCUGGUUUGGAGAUGUAGAGGCAGACACCAUGUACAGGUGUGGCGAAAGCGUGCUCUGCGUGGUUCCUGACAUCUCUGCAUUUCGCGAGGGCUGGCGUUGGGUUCGGCAGCCAGUGCAGGUUCCUGUGACUUUGGUCCGUAACGAUGGCAUCAUCUACUCCACAGCUUUGACUUUUACCUACACGCCGGAGCCAGGACCACGUCCUCACUGCAGCGCUGCCGGAGCCAUACUGCGCGCCAACAGCAACUCCUCCACCUCACCAUCUUCUUCCUCCUCAUCCUCCAGCCUACUGCUGCAGACAGCCGUUGACAGCCAGGCAGGAUACGCAGCAACAGGAGUAUCUUCAUCUUCCUCGGCUAUGUCUGUCUCCUAACCUGGGAAUGUCAGCGUGUGUGUGUGUGUGUGUGUGUGUGUGAGUAUGUGAGCCUUUGUGAGAGAUGGUGAUUCUUCCACUCGUAGACUCUCCUGCAUAGAUUCAUGGGAUACGGAUCGCAAAAAUGGAUAAUGGUGCCACAGAGAGAGAAGAAAAGAGGGACAAGACUUCACAAAGA